AGCAGGGCCUUGUUGGGCGGGCGCCCCGGCUGCCGAGGGCCGCGGCUGGGCGCGGUGGAGUCUGCGGCGCUUCUGCCCCGCGAUGUCGCCACCGCCGGGGGACUCGGGCCCGGGGCCGCCCCGCUCGCUGUCCCCGGCGUCGCGGCUGAGCUUCGCGGUUGGCCACUUCCUGAACGACCUGUGCGCUGCCAUGUGGUUCACGUACCUGCUGCUCUACCUGCACUCGGUGCGCGGCUACAGCUCGAGAGGCGCCGGGCUCCUGCUGCUGCUGGGUCAGGCGGCCGACGGGCUCUGCACGCCGAUCGUCGGCUACGAGGCCGACAGGGCCGCCCCCUCCUCCUGCGGCCCGCGCAAGGCCUGGCACCUCGCGGGCACCAUCUGCGUUCUGCUUUCCUUCCCAUUCAUAUUCAGCCCAUGCCUGGGCUGUGGGGAGGCCACGCCAGAGUGGGCAGCACUGGUCUAUUAUGGACCCUUCAUUGUCGUCUUCCAGUUUGGCUGGGCUGCCACACAGAUUGCCCACCUGAGCCUCAUCCCAGAGCUGGUGACCAGCGACCACGAGAAAGUGGAACUCACAGCCCUCAGAUAUGCGUUCACUGUGGUGGCCAACAUCACCGUCUUUGGGGCUGCCUGGCUGCUGUUGCAUCUUCAGGGCUCCACACACGUGGGGCCUGAUGUCGGUGUGGGUGACCUACUUGGGGAACAGGAUGUGCCAGUGUUCCGGAACCUGGCCCUGCUGGUGGUGGGUGUGGGUGCCAUCUUCUCCUUCCUCUUCCACCUGGGCACCAAGGAGGGGUGCCGGCCUCAGCCUCGGGGGAUGGACCCCGAUGAGUACAGCCCCCUGGUGGCCUCCACAGCCCGGCCACUGCUGCUCUGGAAACAGUGGCUGAAGGAGCCAGCUUUCUACCAGGUGGGCAUGCUGUACAUGACUACAAGGCUCAUUGUGAACCUGUCUCAGACCUACAUCGCCAUGUAUCUGACCUACUCCCUCAGCCUGCCCAAGAAGUUCAUCGCCACCAUCCCCCUGGUGAUGUACCUGAGCGGGUUUGUCUCUUCCUUCCUCAUGAAGCCGAUCAACAGGAGCAUCGGGAGGAACAUGACCUACUUCACUGGACUGUUGGUGAUCCUGGCCUUUGCAGCCUGGGUGGCCCUAGUAGAUAAGAUGGGUGUGUCUGUGUACGGGGCCGCUGUGCUGCUGGGUGCCGGCUGUGCCACCAUCCUUGUCACCUCACUGGCCAUGACAGCUGACCUCAUUGGCCCCCACACGCACAGUGGAGCCUUCGUGUAUGGUGCUAUGAGCUUUUCCGAUAAGGUGGCCAACGGGCUGGCGGUCAUGGCUGUGCAGAGUCUGCAUCCCUGCCCCUCAGAGCUGUGCUGCAGGGCCUGCGUGGGUUUCUACCACUGGGUGAUGGUGGCCGUGACAGGUGGCGUGGGUGUGGCUGCGGCCCUGGCUCUGUCCAGCCUCUUCAUCUGGCCCAUCCGUCUGCGCACUCGGGACCCUGGGGAUCGGCCAUGACCUCCUUGACCACCCAAAGGAAUGAAAUGCACUUCAUUGACGCAUGUGGAUGCUCGGCCCAGCAGGAGCUGCCCAGCAGGGGCACGGUCAACACAGGACAGUGCUGAUGAUUGGGGACGGGAUACCUGGCCAAGCUUUCUAAGACCCAGGGGCCAGUGAGUGGCCUGGUUCAACUUCUGGGUCCCCAUACCUCCAGAUCCCAGGGACAGACACCUGUCUACAGUCAGGGUGAGGGCAGGUCCCCAGGCUUGUGGGUUCCCAGGGUAUGGCCAGCGUCCAUCGGGGACAGCCUGGCACAAGGCCCCACAGGAGACCAGGCCACCACGGGGCUGCGCCCCAGCCUAGUGGGCAGCAGGCUGCCUUGCGCUCUUACAGGAAUAAAAAGCCACCAGUGGAUGUAGACAGAUGACUGUGGGCGUGUGUGCUGAGGGCCAUGUGGGCCCCACGGGGAGGGGGUAGCAUCAGACAAAGAGCCUGGUCUGCAGCAGGAGCUUUAUCAGAGUGCGGGUGUGAAGGCCAGGGCUGGCUGCUGCCCAAUAGCAGGGCAGUAUGGCUCCAGGUCCCAGUGGUGGAAGUUCUGCGUGGUGUAGCGUGGCCGCUGUGGCGCAGACAAGUGAGCCACAUAGUCAGACGCCUGCCAGGGCCAGUGGGGCUCUGCCCCGAAUCGGUUCCUGUUGACCACUGGACACCCAGCCCCGGGUCAGUGGGUGAUGCCAGUGUCCUGGGCUCUGCUGGCCAAGUGGGGGCCAGGCAGGACUUCUCGGGAUGGGCAAUGGCCAGAGGAUGGGGCCUGUGCACCCGCCAUGCCCACCUAAGGGGCCACACCCACUGGGCAUGGAAGUGUGCCUGCCCUGAGCACUGUCCCUACUUAUUGUCAGCCUUGUCCUGUCCCCCCGCCCAUUUUCUGUCCCCUCUGUCCCCCUUUUUUCUUUCUCUUAUUGAGACAGGGUUUCACUUUGUAGCCCAGGAUGGCCUGGAAGUGGCUAUGUAACCGACUAGCCUCAAAAUACCUAUGUAGCCCAGACUAGCCUCCAAUCCACAAAGAUCCACCUGACUGAGGUUCCCGCAUCCCAGCCUUACCCUUGUUUUCUACGUCCCUGUCCCCUGCCACUCGUCUGUCCUCCAUCUGCUCCCCGCAUCCUGUCCCCACGGUUUCCCCAGGUCCCAUCCUGUGCUGUCCUCCUGCCCAUCCCUCCAUUCUCAGCUGUCCUUUACUCUGUCAGACUCUCCAUCUUCCUGUCCUUUGUCCCUGUCUCCUGUCCCCCACCCUUGUCCAUCUGUCCUGCAUCCCUCCCUACCCCUGCUCACUGUACUCCUUGCCGAGGAUAGACCUGUCCCUCCAUAGCGUACUCCCCCACCAUGUGUUGGGACUGUGGUACUGCACAGGGACCACGGGCUCAUGGAUGGUCGCUUCUCCUAGGUGCUGGGUGGAUCCUGAGGGGAGGUU